CACAGCCCAUUCUCUAAACACUGCAGCCCCGCUGAUUUAACCCUUUUCCUCCACAACUGUCCCUGACCUAAGUCAUCUACUAUGGAUAGGGAGAAGAAUGUACUUGAAUUGUUUAUUAAUACAGAAGUUCUAGAUACAUUUUAAACAGUGGUACACCUUGCAUUUAGCGCUCUCUAUUUAUAACACCCAAUUAUGGACAACAUUAUCAAGUAGGGUCAUUCACUCCAUGAGAAUAUCCUGUUUUUGAAAGUGUGUGUGUGUGUGUGUGUGUGUGUGUGUGUGUGUGUUUGUAACCUUGUGUCCAUUUUUAUCUUCUAGGCGCCUCCAUAAUUUGAGAGAUGGCAAGUGAAUACAAGAAAAUUGUUCUUCUGCAAGGAUUAGAGAGCAUCGAAGACUACCAGUUUAGGACAAUCAAGUCCUUACUAAGAAAAGAACUAAAACUAACUAAAAAAAUGCAAGAUGAGUACGACAGGAUCCAGAUGGCUGACCUGAUGGAGGACAAGUUCCCAAAGGACGCUGGACUAGACAAGCUGAUAGACGUGUGCAAAGACAUUGAAGGACUUGAAGACCUUGCAGAAAACCUUAAAACAGAGAAGGCAAAAGUGAAAAAGCGAAAGAAAGGAGAAGGUAAAACUACAGUGAAAAAAAGAAAGCAAAGGGAACCAAGUAGUUCCCAAUCUCUUUCCACCAACAAUGAGUCAAGCGAGAGUAAACCCUCUUCAACGAAAAAGAGAAAACAACCCACAAAAGCUGAAGGUGGAAAGAAAAGGAUGCUUACCCAGGAACAGACUGGGCUUCCAGAGCCUUCAGGAACCAACAUACAAAAUGAUGAAAGUUGUCUCCAGACUCCUCAUAAGCCUCCACCAACACCAUCCAGCAGUUCCUCAAAGAAGGUACCACUUUUCUAUUCCCAAUGCUUACCCUUUUCAAAGCAUACCACUGGGCUCACCACAACCUUGGAAAAACUCCUCACAAAUCCCCUAAAACAAAAAAACACAGUCACCAAAAAACAUAGUAUCACAAAGACAGAGGUUUGCCAGGAAAAGCAUCAGUUUCUAGAAUUUUCAGCAACCAGCCACACCUCAGCUGUGAGUCAACACCAGACUCUACAGGGGUGUUCAGCAAUUGGUUCCAGCAGUCAUCAGAUGCCUCAGACACCUCUAAAAGCACACUUGUCUUUAAAGAUGCCUCAGGGCUCUCCAGCACCACCUUGCCAGAAAUUUUCAGUGUCUCCAACAUCAAACUCCAACGUCCAUAUGAACUCUCUUGCGCCUCCUGCACCAUUCAGUGUGGUCCUGGAUCCUCAUCUACUUUCAGCAACAGCAUCCAAUAAUGUCUGGGUCCCUCUCGUGCCUUCAGAAACAGUGUCCAGCUCUCUCAGCCCUCGCCUGAUGUCUCCAGGAACAGAGCCCAGCAGUGUCCAGGACGUUCACCUACCUACAGCAGCAGCGUUCGGUAGCACAGAGGAUCUUCACAGUCUACUAACUAUGUCCAGAAGUGUCCAAACCACUAGCGUGCCUACAGCAACUCCGACAAGCAAAGCCCGGCUUGUAAAGCCGCCUCCAGCAACAGCAUCCAGCUACGCUCAGGUCCCUCAUGCUCUUCCCGCUACAGUGUCUAGGAGCAUCUCCGCCACUCAGGUGCCUCAAAGAGCAGCAUCCAGUAUAGUUCCGUCUCUUAAAUCUGCUACCGUAAAGGCAUCUGGGAAUUCCCAGACCCCUCAAGUGUCUUCACCAGCAGUAGCUAUUAGUUUCCAGGCUUCUCCAGCAUCUCCACCAUCAACAUGCAGCAGUCUUUCAGGCCUUCGGGUACCUAUGCCAAUAGCGACAAGCAGAAUCCAGACCACUCAAAUGCAUCUAGGAACGGCUCCCAGCUGCCUCCAGGCUCUUCACGCUACUCCGCCAACUGUGUCCAGAAGUGUGUGCAACACUCAAGUGCCUCAAGGAGCAGCAUCCAGUACCGGGCAGGCCCUUCCCUGUCCUAGACGAAAAGCAUCCAGGAGUGCCCAGGCACCUCGGGUGCCUUCAGCAACAACAUCCAGCAGACUGCUGGCCCCGUGUGCAUUUCCACCAACAUCGUCCGGAAAUCUCCUGGCUCCACAGCUGUCCCCAGCAACAGCAUUCAGUGCUCUCCAGGCCUCUACAGUGCCUCCAGCAACAGCACGCAGCAGUCCAUCCAGGAUGCCAAGGAAAGGGAUUAUACCAAAGGAGCCUUCCAGGGAGGAAGGUCACCAAAAAGGACCCAAACAAGUGAUGGUGUUGAAAGUAACAGAACCAUUUAUUUACGAUAUGAGAGAAGACAAAAGGAUGUUCCAUGCUACAGUAGCUACUGAGACCGAAUUCUUCAGAGUGAAGGUUUUUGAAACAGCCCUAAAGACCAAGUUCAUCCCCAGAAAGAUCAUUGCCAUAUCAGAUUGUUUUGGGUGCAAUGGGUUUCUGGAGAUAUACAGAGAAUCCUGUGUGUCUGAUGUGAAUGUUAGCCAUGUUAUGGUUAUCUCAAAUACCCUGAGGCAAAGAGCCAAUGCAACUCCAAAAAUUUCUCAUCUUUUCACACAAGAAAAGGGGACAUUUGUGAAUGGAGAGUUUGCAGUAACUAAGAAAUAUGAGAGGGAUCAAUUCAUUUUCUAUGGAAUUGAAGAUGAUUCGGGAAAAAUGGAAGUAGUGGUAUAUGGAAGACUGACCAGUAUCAAGUGUGAACCAGGCAAUAAACUUAGACUUGCCUGCUUUGAACUGACCCCAAGUGAAGGUGAUGUGUGGCAGCUGAGGUCUGCAAGGUACAGUUACAUGAAGGUAUAUAUGCUGAGAAAUGCCAUUCUUCCUAUCAAUCAUGUUUUUUAA